GUUAUGUCGUUGCUUGCAUCGUGAAUUCUUUAGCAGCACACACAGCACGGGCAGCACAUGAAAGCAGCGCAACAACCUGCCAAGCAUGGGCAGCAACAGCUUUCGUCUUCGCGUCGGUGUCUCUGCACAUAAACCACCUGAGGUUGUGGCUGGUACUGCGGUUGAGUCGUAUAGUAUGCUGCUUGCUGGUGGUGGUGCUGGCCAUGGUGGCCGUGAUUGUGCGUGCUUCCAUAGUAGGAGGGCUGCGGCAUUUGGAUCUUGCCCUGCGAAUGGUGGUGGUGGUGAUCGUGGUGGCCCAUGUUCAAGGAAGACGACUAGGAGCGUAGCGCGAAGUUGGGAAGAAUUCCGAAGGUAGAAGUUCAGAGCAAGAUCGCGAGAGAUAUAGGGGAACAGUCAGCAGGCCGCAGCGCAGCACAAGAGAUGAGCGCUUCCGGGCUGUUCGGGUGCGUUCCUUUUGUAAGUACUUGGCAGCACACAGCCCUCCAUGCUGCGCCUGUAGUCGCG